GGCCUGACAACUCCGCACCGGUGGGAAAGGCCAAGGGCGUGGAGGGAGGUGCGCAUGCGCGCAAAGUUUGUCCUAAGUUUCGGUAUCUCCCUGAAACACCGAUCCGAGUAUCUGGAGAAAUGAAUGAUUUUGAGGUGUUUUACUGAGUGACCCAGAGUGGUGUCAACUAUCAAGAAGGCGGCAUAUCAGAGUUGUAUAUUCGCUGACAAGAAUGAACUUACCGGUUGACCUGGAGCAGCUGGCAGAAAUAGAACUGCAGAAAGAUGAGGCGGAGCAGGAGCAACCGGAAGGGUGUUCGCUGGCGCCCCCUGGUGUCCCCAGCAGCCAGGACACGUCCCACCCAUACUAUGAUGUGGCACGUCACGGCAUCCUCCAAGUGACAGGAGACGACAACUACGGCAGGAAACUGAUUAUCUUCAGCUGUUGCUGCAUGCCCCCCUCCCACCAGCUGAAUCACCAGCGGCUUCUGGAGUACCUGAAGUACACCCUGGACCAGUACGUAGAGAGCGACUACACCAUAGUCUAUUUCCACUAUGGCCUUCGCAGCACCAACAAGCCCUCGCUUCGCUGGCUGAGCAACGCCUACAAGGAGUUUGACCGAAAAUACAAGAAAAACCUGAAGGCCCUGUAUGUUGUUCAUCCGACCAACUUCAUCAGAGUCUUAUGGAAUAUAUUCAAGCCUCUUAUCAGUCACAAGUUUGGGAAGAAGCUGACGUAUGUCAAUUAUCUGGCGGAGCUACGGGACCACCUCAACUACGACCAGCUCAUUAUUCCCCCUGAUGUCCUUCGGCAUGACGAAAAACUGCGUGUGGCACAGAAGGGUGGGCUGCCUCCCCCCAUGAAGGUCCCGCCCCCCCGACCGCCGCUCCCCACCCAGCAGUUCGGGGUGAGCCUGCAGUACAUCCGGGAAAAAAACCAAGACAUGAUCAUUCCAUUGGUGAUAUCUCAGACCGUCGCUUACCUCAAAGAGAAAGGCCUCCGCACUGAGGGCAUUUUCAGGAGGUCGGCUCGUGUCCAGCACAUCAAGGACGUUCAGAAGCUCUACAACCAGGGGAAGCCAGUGGACUACGACCGUUAUGGAGAUGUCCACAUCCCAGCUGUCAUCCUGAAGACCUUCCUGAGGGAGCUGCCCCAGCCGCUGCUGACCUUCGCCCUCUACAACCCCGUGCAGGACAUCAUGAGCAUUGAGAGCAGCUUGCGGGUCACGACCUGCAAGCGGAUGGUCGAGCACCUCCCCGAACACAAUUUCCUGGUCCUGAAGUACCUGAUCUGCUUCUUGCACAUGGUCUCUCAGGAGAGCAUCAUCAACAAGAUGAACCCGUCCAACUUGGCCUGCGUGUUUGGCGUCAAUCUGAUUUGGCCCAACCAUGGCUCUGUGUCGCUCGGCGCCCUGACCCCCAUCAACAUCUUCACAGAGCUCAUCGUCGAGCAUUACCCCACGGUGUUCAGCUCCCGGUCAACUGCCCAGCAGCUGCUGCCCUGAGGGGCCCGGCAUCACACCGGCACUGGCAAGGCACCAACUUUCUUCUGGACCACAUUGAAUGCUAGUGGGCCUGGUGUCGCCGUGUCCUCCCCUGACACCAGAAACAGGACCGAUCCCCAAGCUAAACCAGCAUUCGUAUCACAAGUGACCACUCCCCCAGUAUGAAAUCUUAUAAUGAAGGCAAGGAUCUUUCUUCUGUUAUUCUGCUGCAGGACGGAUAGUUUUAAUCUACUGUUAUGUUAAUAGUAUUCUUUAUCGCUCAACGUACAUUACCAUCCCAUUUCUUCCAUCUUUAAGGUCAGUGAUGCGUAUCCGAGUAGCAGUUUGGUAGCCUAGUGAAUAUUAAACUCUGAGUAUCAGUUUCAUCCCUCACUUAAUAUUUUUAUUAUGCCCGUUGAGCCAGUAGUUAUGAGUGUUUUGUGGUGUCGUCAGUGUUCUGUGCAGUUUUUUUCAAGUUGCGGUUUCUUCUUUGAAAUGUUCCUUUAUAGUUUCUAAUCGGCCAGGAUGGGGUGACUCUACCCACUGACCUGCUAUUGCCAUGUAACCAUGUGACCUUUUCCCAUCACCAGCCGCCCAGCUGUCCUCCUGUAUGCAUAUACACCUUCAUGCGGACGGGGGAGGUGUGGGGGCGACUGAUCCAGUCUCAGUAUUAUGUGAUUAGAUUGUGUUAGGGGGCCUAUUCAUCAGAAGGAAAGCAAUGAUGAAGGGACACUGGAUAUAAGCAGUGCAGGAUUUCGUUUCCUGCUUCCUGGUCCAAAUAGGGCAGAGUUGGUCCUCUAGAGAGAAGGAGUCUGUUUUUUUCCCCUCUUUCUCUAUGAAUCACAGAGUAAGUCUUUAAACUGCUGCCUUAGGGCAAACAGGCGUAGGCUGAGGUCUGUAGAUGGUAAGCUGGGUCAAUAGAACGAGAAGGGGUGGUACUCUGGGGAGGGUGGAAGUGCCUGCAUCUAUGUUUGGGGGGGUGGUAGUUCAUUAAUAGAGAGGCACCCUGCCUCAUUAUGGUCCGCAGUGGUCCUCUUACUACAAGCAGGUGACUGAGAACGUAACUGACUGUGCUGCUUUAAAUUAAUGGCCACUACAAUAAACUUGUUUGGUUA